AUGAUAGAACCAACGGGUAAAGAAACCGGUACACCGACUCCUGGAACACCUGGCACUGGAGUGACGCUCGCCGUCACGGCGACGGUAUGCUCCUCAUGCUCGACUUUUAAGGCAGACGCAUCCUCGGUUUCGCUCGUCAACGGUUCGGACAUAUAUUAUAUGAUUACGUUACUGUUGUACUUUUGUAUAAAUAUCGACGCGUGGAGUUCUUUUAAAAGAUUUCGACAUCUUUGGCAACCAAAUAUUAAUCGCGCGAACGAAUCGUUAUCGCUCGAACGUGAUUCUCUAAAGAAUAAAUUACAGUCGAUUAAUUUUCAAACUAGUGCACCAAGUCAUGGUGGCAGAGAAAAACGACUUUUUCCAUUAUUCACGUUGGUGAAAUUCGACAAUAACGUUUGCGCCGGAUUAAAUGGUGAGAAUGGUACCUGUAUCGCGGGCUCAGAAUGUUCGCAACGUGGUGGUAUAUCAAGUGGAGUUUGUGCAAAUGGUUACGGCGUCUGUUGCAUUGUGACAGUAUCUUGUGGCGAGACAACCAGCAAUAAUAACACAUACUUCGUUAAUCCGAAUUAUCCAUCGACGUUUGAUGGCACCGUAUCUUGUCAAUUAACUCUCGUUAAAUCCCAUCCAAGCGUGUGUCAAUUUAGAUUGGAUUUCAUACAGUUCAACGUAAGAGGUCCGGAAAAGACUAACCAUCAGUGUAUCUAUGAUCAAUUUAUCAUUUCUGGAGGUAAUCCGGUACCUACGAUAUGUGGAAGUAAUGCCGAUAAUCAUAUAUAUAUCGAUGCUGGCCUCGGACAAACAAAUCCUGUUACGUUAACAUUUGUUACAAGCGGGAAUUCUUUUGCUCGAUCUUGGAAAGUACGAGUCUCCCAAAUUCGUUGCAAUACUAUAUACAGAGCCGAAGAAGGAUGUCUGCAAUAUUUCACUGGGAUAUCCGGCCAGAUAAAAUCGUUCAAUUACGAUCCUGUCACAGGAUUGCAAUUGUCGAAUCAAGAUUACAGUAUUUGCAUCCGAAUGGAAAGAAACUUUUGCGGUAUCCAGUACAUGACGUGCCCGGUCGAUGAUAAAGGAGAUAGUACCAGUAUGACUCAAAUGACACGUAGCCAUGCAUUUACGUUAACCGGAAAUACGCAAGCAAUGCAGAUAGCAUCGAUGACAGGAGCAGCCUGUCAAACCGACUGGUUAACGAUCCCGUGCGCAUCCAAUACAGGUCGAUUACCAACCACUAUGAUGACUUGCAUCGAUCGAAUAUGCGGUGGGACGUUUAACGCAGAAAAUCAGAAUUUGAACACAUCUUCAGUUAUUAGUACUGUGAAACCAUUUAGAUUAAUUUUCCACACGGAUAGCGUUGAAGCGCCAAACGAUGUCGGAAACAGGGGAUUUUGUUUGAAUUAUGUACAACAACCUUGCACGACGAAAUUAAGG